AACACGUUCUCUUCUCUCAACUUUUUUUUUUCGCGACCCGGCAGAAAAUCGUUUCGCGACUGCUCGAAGUGAAUGUGCUGACGCGUUGGCCACCAACCAAAGUGGUCCGUUCCCCCUUCACCAAAAGCGAACCAACCCGUGUAAAUGCACCAGGCGCUUCCCGUUUGCCUCCGUAGAAUAGCCCUGUUCCGAAGAAGCACCGGUGCGACAUCGUUUCGUAGCCUACUGCCGUUGACCACCACCCCCCGGAGUUGGUUCGUGGUCGCGAAAUUUCAUCAUCCUUUUGAAAAGGUUUGUUCGGUGAGACAGUACAGUCAGCAAAAGCCUGCUAGGAAGCCGUUUAAUUGGGGCUCCAAUAAGAAGCAUCGGGACUUUAAGUUGAAGGCGCAGAUUCUGGAGAGUAUGGCCGCGGAUCCGAAGAUUGAGGAACAGCUGGCCCCGCUGCGGGAGGCUGUUAAGGAGCAGGGUGAUUUGGUGCGCAAGCUCAAGGCCGAGGGCGCGCCGGAGAUCGACGUCAAGAAGGCGGUUAAUGAGUUGAAGGCGCGCAAGAAGAUCCUGGAGGACAGGGAACUGGCGCUGGCGCCGUCGGUGGCCAGCUUCGACCGCGCCCGGAUGGAGGAUCUGCUGAAGCGACGGUUCUUCUACGACCAGAGCUUCGCCAUCUACGGCGGGAUUACCGGUCAGUACGACUUUGGACCGAUGGGUUGCGCGCUGAAGGCGAACAUGAUCAACGUGUGGCGGCAGUUCUUCGUGCUGGAGGAGCAGAUGUUGGAGGUGGAUUGUUCGAUUUUGACGCCGGAGCCGGUGCUGAAGGCUUCGGGGCAUGUGGACCGGUUUGCCGAUUUGAUGGUGAAGGACGUCAAGAAUGGGGAGUGCUUCCGGUUGGAUCAUCUGAUUAAGAACCAUCUGGAGAAGCUGGCCGCGGCGAAGGACGCGACGAAGGAGUUGAAGGACGAGUGCGAGGACAUUGUGAUUAAGCUGGAUGGAAUGAACAAGGCGGAGAUGGCCGCGAUUUUGACCAAGUUCGGCAUGAAGAGUCCGAUAACCGGGAAUGACUUGACGGAGCCGAUCGAGUUCAACUUGAUGUUUGGAACGCAGAUUGGUCCGACUGGGCUGGUUAAAGGGUUCUUGCGACCGGAGACCGCUCAGGGAAUCUUUGUCAACUUUAAGCGCUUGCUGGAGUUCAACCAGGGCAAGUUGCCGUUUGCCGCCGCCCAGAUUGGCAACUCGUUCCGUAACGAGAUCUCGCCGCGGUCUGGGUUGAUCCGGGUGCGUGAGUUCACGAUGUGCGAGAUUGAGCACUUUUGCGAUCCGCAGCUCAAGGACCAUCCCAAGUUUGAGAACGUCCGGGACGUGGUCAUGACGCUGUACUCGGCCUGCAACCAGAUGGACGGCAAGAGCGCCCAGCAGAUCAAGAUUGGGGACGCCGUCGCGAGUGGGCUGGUCGCGAACGAAACGCUUGGCUAUUUCAUGGCUCGAAUUCAGCAGUUUAUGCUGAAGAUUGGAAUCCUGCCCGAUCGGUUACGCUUCCGGCAGCACAUGGGCAACGAAAUGGCCCAUUACGCGUGCGAUUGCUGGGACGCCGAAUGUCUCACCAGCUACGGCUGGGUCGAGUGCGUCGGCUGUGCCGAUCGAUCGGCGUACGAUCUGACCCAGCACACGAACGCCACCGGAGUCAAGCUGGUCGCCGAGAAGAAGCUCCCAGCGCCGAAGACGAUCGAAGUUACGGAGGUCGUGCCGAACAAGGCCGCCAUCGGCAAGGUGUUCAAGAAGGACGCCAAGAACAUCACCGAACUUCUGGCCAAGCUGAGCCUCGACGAGGUGGAAACCAUCGGCAAGAACCUCGCCGGCAGCGGCGAACACACGCUGGACGUCAACGGAACUGCGGUCACCCUGAAAAGCGACAUGAUUGCCGUCAAAUCCAGCUCGAAGACGGUGCACGUCGAGGAGAUCACCCCCUCAGUCAUCGAACCUUCGUUCGGCGUUGGCCGCAUCAUGUACUCGCUGCUGGAGCACAGCUUCCAGAUGCGCGAAGGCGACGAACAGCGCUGCUACUUCUCGCUGCCUCCGGUCGUGGCCCCGCUCAAGUGUUCCGUCCUACCGCUGAGCAACAACGCCGACUUCACCCCAUUCGUCAAGAAGAUCUCAUCGGCCCUGACCAGCGUGGACAUCUCGCACAAGGUGGACGACUCGAGCGGUUCGAUCGGUCGGCGGUACGCGCGCACCGACGAGAUCGCCAUCCCGUACGGUGUGACGAUCGACUUCGAUACGCUCAAGGAGCCGCACACGGUGACGCUGCGCGAGCGGGACUCGCUGAAGCAGGUUCGCAUUGGGCUCGAUGAAGUGGCCGGAGUGGUGCGCGACCUGGCCACCGGACGGCUCAGCUGGGCGGACGUCGAGGCCAAGUAUCCCAAGUUUGAGCAGCAGGAGGCGAGCUCGAAGUAAAGCGGACCCGGAGCGAAUGAGAAGGACAUGGAAUAGUUUCUGAGCUUGAAAGUUACUUGAAAUGAUGGGCAUUUUCAACCGUUUGCAUUUGAUUCUAAUUACAGUUAUUUUGAAAUAAACCUUAUUGCACGCGCUACUGCAAAAA